CUUCGCUCGCUGUUCGGGAGGACAACACAGCACAUUGCCACGACUUGCAACUUGUGUGUUGCUGCUGCUGUGUGUGAGUCCGUGUCCUUCCUUCCUUCCACUGCCAGCCACGGGCAUGAGCCGAUUGUUGGUCCGAGCACUGGGCGCAGCGCUGCUGACGCCUCCAGCUGUCCUCACUUCCCUCUAUGUCACCCACACAGCAACCCAACGCACCGUCAGCUUUUGGGCGAAUGUGUUUCCCAUUUAUGGCCACUACCGCUUUGUCGACAUCACCACAGCCAAACUCCCGGAAGCAGAACGGGCCGCGGCGUUUGACAAGUUGCAUGAGCGGUAUGCACCGGAUCUGAUCCGCAUCAUCCUCAUGAUGCGCGGGUUCUACAUCAAGAUUGGUCAGAUUGCCUCCACCCGCGCGGACUUUAUGCCACCGCAGUUCCUCGACCGCCUCGACAAACUCCAGGACCAAGUCCCGCCAGAGCCGUUUGCGUAUGUGCAGUCUGUUGUUGAAUCGUCACUUGGACAGCCGCUGUCUGCUGUCUUUGCUGAAUUCGAUCCCACCCCACUCGGCGCUGCCUCCAUUGGCCAGGCGCACCGCGCACGCCUGCACGAUGGACGGGAGGUGGUGGUGAAGGUCAAGUUCCCCAAGGUGGAGGCGACCUUCGAUAUGGACAUGGCAACCAUCACCGCAUUCUGCAAACUCGUGCAGCCAGAGCAAGUGCCGUUCCUGAAGGAGGUGCGCAAACAGUUUAUGACGGAGUUUGACUACAGGCGCGAGGCGAGCAACCUCGACACGGUUGCAGACAACAUCGAACCAAUUUACGGCGACAGGGUGCACAUUCCGCGCCCCAUCACUAAUUUGUGCACGCGCGAUGUGCUGGUCAUGGAGUUUCUGCCCGGUGUGAAGCUUGUGGACGGUCUCAAGGCGUUUUUCAAGACGGUUGCCGAGAAACGGGGCACGACGCUGGCUGCACUUGAGGCCGAGCGAAAGGAGAAACUGCGACGCGGCAUUAUUGAGCGCGGUCCCUCCGCCCGCACGAUGCGACUGUACACCUGGAUGGCAAAGGCGCGCGCUGCUGUUGCAAACGCCGCCAUCAUGUUGCGCAACACGCUGCUCGGAUGGGUCAUUGGCCGUCGCGAGUACACCCGCCCAGAGAUUCCGCUCAACCUGCCUGAGAUCCUGACGACGCUGAUGGAGGUGCACGGGCACCAGAUCUUCAACGACGGUGUGUUCAACGGGGACCCGCACCCCGGGAACAUUCUGCUGCUGGACGACGGUCGUCUCGGGCUCAUCGACUACGGACAGGUCAAGCGGCUCACCGUCGAGCAGAGGAUUGAGCUUGCGCGUCUGAUUGUUGCGCUGGCGGACGGGGACAUGGACGAGGUGGUGCGUGUGCAUGCGCACAUGGGGUUCCGUUCCAAGAACAACUCGCGCUACGUAUCGGAGAAGCUCGCCAUCAUCGGCUUUGACUACGACGACUUUGCGGUCACAGAGGGCAUGAACAUCCAGCAAUUCAUGGAGCACUUGAGCACGGUGGAUGAGAUUGAGAGCGGGGCAGACGAAUUCGUGAUGGCGAGUCGCGUGUCGCUGCUCCUGCGGGGUCUUGGCUUGCAUCUCCAGUACCCAAUGCACACGGCACAGGCGUGGCGGGCACAGGCCCUCGCACUCCUGCAGCAGCACGGCAUUGACCCACACGCACACGCACACGCACACGCACACGCACACGCACACGCACACGAGGAUGAUGUUGCACACGCAGGCGAUGAGCAACCCCAUCACCAGCCAUCGCUUGUGUUGGCGAAGCAAAGUGGUGAUCGUGGUAGUGGUGGUGCAGUUCCUGCGCUCGCUGCGUAACAGCUGCACAUGAUGUUUGGCAAGUUCAAGCUCUUGUCACACCACACGUGACUCAUGUCAAAGACAGAUUCGCAUCUGCAUUGUGGGUUGUGGUACGGUCGUGGUUGUGGGUUGUGAUACGGUCGUGGUACGGUCGUGGUUAUGGUUGACUAGCAGCCAUGCAGCCAUGCAGCCAUCUGUUUCUCUCUUUGUCUGCUGCAACUCCCUAGCGCACUCCUGAUCCCUCCCUUCAAUCUUCAACCCCUUGUCUUUCAACACACAGUGCCCUUACGCUCGCUCUGGUUGUUCAUUUUAUUGUUGGUUUGUGGAAGCAAUGACAGCGGGAGCAACAACACGAGCAAACACGCCAAUCCAC